GAAAGAAGAUAGCAAUGGCGAACAUGCAGCUGCUGUCUCGACUAGGAGCCGCACCUAUAAAGUAUCUGGUCACUCCAGCCGAACGUGUGAGCUGGCAAUCAGUUACAUGCAGUCUGAACAAGGUCCAUUCAUACCCAAGGCAUCACGAUGUGUUCGAUGGUAACAUUGAUUCUGGUUAACGAAAUUGUUUAAAACUAUUUACACUUAUUUAUGAUAUAAUUAAUAUAUUAUUUCCAGCUAGUUAAAUAUAUUUUAACUUGAAUUAGUAUUUUAUCAUAAUGCAAGCGUUAAACUAUAAGCUAACAAAAAAAAGGUAUCGCCAUGAUCAUACAAGGUUUAAAAAAAUGAUGGCUUCACUGUUACUAUAGAUAAAUAAUUGACACUAGCAACAACACUACAUGGACCAAACCCAAAACCCUGGUGGGGCGAAUCCUGCUCCACGUCAUCUACGCAUCCCUGGCUGUGAAACGCCUUGACUUACUUGGUGGCCUGCACGCUCUCGUCGGCUCUCGGGGUGUCCCGCAUAUGCCGUCCACUUUCAAUACGUUGGUUUGAUCUUGAUAUAUUUGACCAAGUUAUUGGUGGGUGCGCACUGCGUACUCGAAUCCAUCACUGUCCUGCAUAGGUCAGUACAACAGACUGAGCAAUUUACAUUCAAAGUAAGUAUGGUACGGAGUUUUGACAUUCUAAGUAUUGGUCCUUGUCUCUGCAUGAAGUAGACGAUUUCAAAUUUUAAGAUUUAAUUUAAAUAAUUUUCUUUGUGACUAUCUAAAUAAGGCCUACUCAACUUACGGGCCGCCGGCACCCACUUUGAGGCCCGCGAAGUAACGAAAUAUUCUUUAGUCUUAUUAUUUUCUUAAUAGCUCCCCCCACCUUUCCCCGUCUUAUUUUCAUUUGGCAGUCACAAUUUUUCAUCAAGUAUUGCAGCCGCAUUACAUCUAAAUUAGGACUAAUCUAAAUUGAUCUGAACUUCGGGUAUUUAUUCCCAGGCUAAAAUAUGAACCGUGGUCUAUUGUUAUCUUUCCAGUGUGCUCGUGUAUUGGAACUGCUGGAUUGUAAUAUAAGUCUGCUCUUAAAUGUAUGUCUUUUUAUAUCAAGAUGUUAUACCACGUAUAUCUCUCUCCCCCUCCCUCUCUGUUCCUUUCUCUUUCCCUCUCCCUUCAUUCUCUCUGUCUCUCCUUCCACUCUCACCCCUCUCUCUGUCCCUUUCCCUCUCUUAAUCCCUCUCCCUCUCUCUCUAUUCCUCCCUCCGUCCUUCUCCAUUGUCCCUCUCUCUCUCUCUCUCUCUCUCUCUCUCUCUAACCCUCUAUCAGUCCCUCUCACUUUCUUCUCUCUCUGUCUCUCAUUAUCACUCUCAUCCCUCUCUCUGUCCAUCCCUCCCCCUCUCUCCCUCCCUUCCUUUCCCCCUCUCUCUCUCUCUUUCUCUCCCUCUCUACGCGUGUCUGUCACGGGACAUUUCAAAGUUCCGAGUCUCUGAUUCACUCAUUUCUAACACAGACUGAUCUUAGUCGUCAAGUUUAUUAUAAUCUCUUAAGAUGUCCUUGCUCUUGUUAUCGUCUGCUGUAUAUAAAGCUUUGUUAUAUGCAAGUCUCAGAUAUUGUAACGGUAGGCGUCGUACAAUUUCUUUUGGUUUUAAUCAGUUUAAAUUUCUGUGGACUUAUUCCUUAGUGUUCCUCCGGUGUUAACACGGGCAAUGUUCGUAUACACUUCUUGUCAUGUGAGGUUGAAAAGUAAACAGGAGUGAGUCUUCUUGUCUUAGACCUUGUCAAAUCUGGAACACCAUUGAAUACCAUCUCUACGCCAUGGCUGUUUGCUUGUGUGUAAACCAGUUAAUGUUGUAGGCGGUGGUGCCAAGCAUUAGAGUCUUUGUGGACCACUUUGAUAGCGAGUAAAACUUUCGCCUACUGCAUGCCCUUAACACUAACGUAUAAAAAUAUUAGACUAAACAAACACUUAGUGGUGUAAAAAAUUGUUAUUAAACACUUACUAUCUACUCGCAAUCCGCCAUCCCGUGUGCGGAACGUUAUUUUUUGUUUACACGCGUGACAUUUUACGAUUCAAUGUGGCUAUUCGCACCCGGGUACCAGAAGUGAGAGGUUGGGAUUUAAAAACUAUUUAAAAUAUUAGUGUUGGGUUUGUACGACAAAAUGAGGUAUCAAAUGAAAGAUAAUUGAAUGAACUAUAUGGUUGUAAACUUACUUCUUCAGUUUAACUAAAAUAAACUACCACAAAUGACAUCUGAAUAGCAUUAAGUCUAAUGUGACCCGGGUGUGAAUGGCGGCGAAGCGUGUUUAUGUCCAUUUCGGGCAGCGAAGCGGCACGUUGGAGCUAACCCUUUUCCAAGGCAGCCCCCACCAGCACCCACUCGAUCGAGUACCAGCGGAGACCACCCCAGUCCUAUGACAACCGGUUGGCCAAUGAGGCUGCUCUCACAGUGUCAGCACUCGAUUUCCCCAGUAGUCGGAAUGCUGUAUUUACGUCCUAAAAUCUUUCCCCUCCCAUUCCGCGGAUCGUCAGAAGACCUCUUAAAGGGGAAUGCUACAGGGAGUUUCUACCUCACAAAUCAUUUCCGAGGCAGCUGGGACAAAACGGUUGCCAAAGAACGGGUACCUCAAAUGAUGUAUCAUAUCCAUGAACGACAACAUGUGAUCAUGAUCCCCUCCUUGUUUCUGCCAUUUUAUUUCCAGCUGCAGAGUUUCCGGGUAACGCCAGGGAGGUAGAAGAAAUGUAAGAAAAUUAAAGUUUUUAUUACCUAGUUAUUCAUUACAACACUUUUAAAAUAACACCUAUAAAAUGAAGUUAAUACAAUAAACUCUUACAAACCUUCAUUUCAGUAAAAGAGCUAAACUCAUUUCGCCUCUGGGAGACAACUCAUGUUUGUAGAAGUGGUCACCCCAUUAAUCCCUCUUGGGGACAACAAGAAAGGAGAAAGACUUCACAAGAUGGCGUCCAGGUUUGAGAUUUAUUACUUAAAAAAACUGUAAACAUUUGAUUCAAAUAAAAUUGUAAUAAUUUCGUUAUUUGUGAACAAACAAACACAGAUUAUGUCAAUGGAUAUUUUUGUACAAGAUUUUUCUACAUCUAAAGGCAAUGAAUAGGGAAUGAUGUUUUCAAUUCAUCAUUAAUAAGGAUGAUUAUUUAAACAGUUAUUAUUGUUGAAUAGCAAACAUGAAAUACAAAGUACUUCAAUUAACAGUAUGUUACGCUUGGAUAAUGAUAAUUUGUAAAAUUUAAUGGUUUGAGAUUGAUAUAUUUCAAUGAGUUAAAUGAAUUUUGUACAUUUAAUGGUUUGAGAUUGAUAUAUUUCAAUGAGUUAAAGGAAUGUUGUACAUUUAAUGGUUUGAGAUUGAUAUUUGUCAAUGAGUUAAAUGAAUGUUGUACAUUUAAUGGUUUGAGAUUGAUAUAUUUCAAUGAGUUAAAGGAAUGUUGUACUAAAUGUCGUCAUCGACUUCAUGGAUGUCCGUCCAUAUCUCAACAAGGUGACCUCAUCUUAUAAAUGGAAACCAAAACACCCCCAGAACAGUGCCCUUUUAGGUCAUCGAGGUCAUGGCAUACUCACAUUUUUGAAGUGUUGCCUGGGGCAACUGACACAACACAUGGUGCCUGUCCGUCACUACAAGUUCGAGUAUCCUAUACCUGAAAAGUUAGAAGUAAGUUUUUUUUUACAGAAAUAUGUUUCUGAUGUUAUCUUAUGUACAACCAUGAUAAAUUAGAAGUGAGUUUUUACAGCAAUAUCAUCUUGUCUGAUGUUAGCCUAUGGACCAAUAUGAUACCAAAAUAAUAUCAUAUGUCCUAUCUUCUUACCACAGCCCAAGCACUUUAAAACAAAUUACAAAAGAAAAGACAAUGAUUCUUUUUUUAAAGUAUUUCAUAAAUUUUUAGAGUUGGAUAUUAUUUUCACCAGCCAGAUCUUGCUCUUAAACUUAAAAAAAAAAAUAAAAUAAAUAUCAAAAAAAGGUUAACUGAUAUUUACAUCAAAAUGUAAAUCAAAUUAAUGGUAGCACACCCAAUGUGUCAAACUUAUUAUUGGUAAAUGACCCAUUAUGUCAAACAUGAUUUUAAAAUGACCCAAUUUGUCAAAAAAUGAAUGCUGAGCAGAUCACUUAUGAUUAAAAUAAAAAAAAAUUAACGCACAUAUGUCUGUCUGAUUUUUUUUUCCACAAUAGAAAAACAAUGUCUUGUUUAUUUAAACUUGCAAUAAACAUCUUUUGCUUAUGAAUGCAGCCAUGGGUUUUGCCCGUAGAGCCACUUGGAACUACAUUCACCAGCUACCUCAGUGAUCAAAAUGUGGAGACAAUUAGAAUAUUGGCACAAGGUGAAUUUAACUUUUAUUACCGCCAUCAAUUCUUCGGGAAAACAGUUCAGGACCUUCUCGAGGAAAACAAACCAACUAGAAGUAAGUAUGAUGGCUUAGGAAAACUAUGUGUUUAUUUGCAUGAAAUCAGUAAAAAAAAAUUAUAAAAUCCUUCAAGUAAUUCUACCCUGGUUUGCUCCUUACCUUUUGUGGGCAUUUAAAUCUGAUACAAUAAUAGAAUAGUAUAGACCCAGUGAUUAGUCCCAUUGAAUAGACCAAUUGAAAAGACACUUUGUCAAAUUAAGAACUGGCGUCAGUGGGCCGUCGAGCUUGGGCUCUUUAUACCCUCCCCUAAACACCCCUCCCCAACCCAUUGUAUUCAGGCCGCGGAGCGGCACGUCGGGGAUGUAUCUUUGUCAGGACGGCCCCCACCCGAGUCUGCUCGACCAGGUUCUCCACCGGGGGCUGUCCCAACCCAAAGACACCCGGUCGGUCCGACACUGUGUUUGCACACAGUGUACACGAUCGACUUUCUCAGAAGUUCGGAUGGAAAAAUGUACGUCCUAAUAUCUCCCCCACCCAUCCCGGGAAAGCGUUAGACGCCCUAUAAGAGUGAUUCUACAGUGGGUUUCCACAACGCAACUAAAUUGUGACGUAACUGCGACGAAACGGUUGCCUUGGAGCAGCUUCUCAGGGCUGCAUAGUAAGAAUAAUCGGCCAGAGGUUACCACCUUAGCAUCUCGCCUCAUAUCCAUUAACGGCAACUUGUAAUCAUGAUGCCUACCCUGUCUCUGUAUUUUUUCCAAUCGCGAAGUUUCACAACUGGCAGCUCUGUAGGAGCUGUUUUAUGUACGGCAGGUACCCAGCACAUCCUUUGUCUGCCCACCGGGAUGCGCCCAGCAGUUGCGUUCCCUGUGUAACGUUGAGGGGGUUUGUAGCCGAUGCCUUGUAAUUGACAAGCCACCACAGACUUGUCAACUGGAGCCUCGGGGAGAAAAAGACCCAUUAAGAAGGCCCAUUGAGUGGACCCGUUGAAUAUUCCAAUAGGCGAGACAACGUGAAUUGUCCAAAUGAAUAGACCAUUGAAUAGAAUAAUUGAAAAGCCCCAUUAAACAAACCCAUGGAAAAGACUCGCUGAAAUAUUUUCAUCAAUAAAAUAUUUGAAUAAUAAAUAAAUUAUUACAUUCUUAAAUAAUGAAACUGGAGCGUUGCCCCUGAAUUGAUUCUGUAAUUGCAGCAAUAGCAGUUUUUAAGCUAGAUCAGGAAAAGGUAGUUGUUAAAUGUUCAUUCAAAUGAUCUUUAAGAUAAAAAAUAAGUUCUUUUAGCCUUAUGAAAGGUCAUCAACAUAACCAAAUUUAAUUUACUGACAUCCCUUCAAGGAAGUCAACGGGGGCUCGCAAACCUUUAUUUUAACUGGUGAAAUAACAAGUGGGGCAUGGAAUUUAAUGAAACCAAAUAUUAGACAAUGAGCAUCUCUAGACAAAAAAUAUCAACCUUUAUGUACUCACUAAACGAGACAAUGCUCUAACAAGUAUAAAAAAAACCAUACCUUGGAAUUCUCUUCUCAAAUAACAAAUAUUUCAAAGUAAAUAAUCAAUUAUAUCUAACCAGAGAAAUAAGCACCGGGGCACCACAAGUCUGCGUUCUCUCUCCUGUACUGAAUACAAUAUGUAUGGCAUCUUUCCGUCUACGGGAGACGAUAGAUUAUCUUUAUUGAUUGCAGCUCUUGGUGUGGCUGGUGAGACCAACCCUCGAAUGGCAGUCUCUGUUAUAUUUCCCACACACGAAUGCGUUGGGGCAGUAUUUACCGGCCUUCCUCCUCGCUCUUUUUGCAGCUGUUUCCACCCUGUUUUGAUCCUCGGCAUGUAGUAAUCCUGCCUUCACGAUGCCCCGCCAUGAGGAUCGAUCCUCUCCCAGCUCCUCCCAGUUUGAGAUCUCGAUGUUGGCCGACUUCAUGUCUCUUUUGCAUAUGUCUAAGUAUCUCAGACGAGGCCGUCCAACUGACCAUUUCCCUGUCGCCAGCUCGCUGUAUAGCAGGUCCAUUGGUAUGCGACCAGGUUGCAUUCGCUUGACGUGUCCAAGCCAGCGGAGGCGUCUUUGGAUUAACAUGGCUGGGACGCUACACAUGUUUGUUUGGGACAGGACAUCCGUGUUUGGGACUUUGUCUUGCCAUUUAAUGUCAAGGAUGUGGCGCAGGCAUCUGAGGUGGAAGCCAUUGAGUCUUCUUUCGUGCUUCGAGUAUGUGGUCCACGACUCGCAUCCAUACAGGAUCGUGCUCAGUACGCAGGCCUGGUAAACCUGCAGCUUAGUUCUUGUUGUGAGUUUGGCGUUUGACCAGACUCUUUUCUUCAGUCUGACCAUAACAGUUGCGGCCUUCCUUAUCCUUCCACUUAUCUCAUCCUCUAUUGAGAGGGUGUUCGAUAUGUUGGAUCCCAGAUACGUGAAUCUGUCAACAGUAUCCAAGUCGUAUUCGUCGAUGUUGAUAUUGGGGAGGGAGUCAGCGCCCUGUGCCAUAAUGUUAGUUUUCUUUAGGCUAAUUGUUAGGCAAAACUAUUUGCAGGCAGUGGAUAGGCUGGAUACGAGGCUCUGCAGGCCGUCUGCUGUGUGAGAUACCAAAGCGGCAUCGUACGCAAACAAGAACUCCCGCAGCAAGACCUUUCUUGUUUUAGUCUUAGCUCUAAGGCAGGCAAUGUUGAAUAAUUUGCCGUCAUCUCUAGUGUGGAUGUAUAUACCCUCACUGUUGUUCUUGAAGGCAUACUGGAGUAGGAUGGAGAAAAAGAUUGCAAAUAAAGUAGGAGCCAGCAUGCAACCUUGCUUUACUCCACUACUCACUAGAAAAGCUUCUGAGGCGACACCGUUAUAGCACACUGUGCCCUGCAUGUUUUCGUGGAACUGCUUGAUGAUGUUAAGCAGUGGUGUAAGGCAACCUAUCUUUUUGAGGAUCUGAAACAGGCCGCUUCUGCUGACAAGAUUAAAAGCCUUACUGAGAUCGACAAACGCAAUGUAUAAAGGCAUAUGUUGCUCCCUGCAUUUCUCCUGCAGCUGGCGCAGAGAGAAGAUCAUGUCUAUGGUUGACCUACCAGCGCGAAAACCAUAUUGCGAUUCUGGGAGUACAUGCGAUUUUAGGGUUUGUAGGCGUGUUAAUGCAACUCGGGCGAAAGCCUUUCCAACCAAGCAGAGGAGGGAGAUUCCACGAUAGUUGUUGCAGUCACUCUUGAGUCUUUUAUUUUUGUACAAUGUAACGAUGUUUGCAUCUUUCAACUCUUGUGGUAGCUGUCCCUGUUCCCAGCACAGAAUAAGGAGAUCGUGCAAGGGCCGUAAUAGUACUCCUUUUCCACAUUUGAGAGCUUCUGGUGGGAUACCAUCAUUGCCCGGGGCUUUCCCACUGGCGAGACAAUCGAUGGCUCUACGUAGCUCUUCUAUGGUGGGUAGGGUAUCAAGCUCCUACAAAACCGGUAAGUCUGGAAUAUCGUCCAGGGCAGCGGUUGAGACUUGAUUUAUCGUUGCGUAUAUUUCCAAGUAGUGCUCUAUCCACCGCUUUAGUUGUUUAUCUCGAUUAGUAAUAAUUUCCACUGAUUUGGACAUUAAGGGCGCAGUCUUGGAGAUCAGACGGCCUGUUGCUUGCUUUAUAUUCUCGUACAUUGACUUUGCAUCACCUCUAUCAGCAGCUGAUUUUUAUGCUGGAACUAAGAUUGAGCCAGUAUGUGUCUUGGCGCUUUUAAGCGAUUGUAGAGUUGCUGGGCAAUGUCUUAUUUUAUAUGUUUUGUUAAUAAUUGUAAAGCGCUUAGAGCUUUAAGGUAAGCGCUAUAUAAAAAUGCCUAAAUAAAUAAAUAAAUAAAUAAAUAAGCUAAGAGGGCCUUUCUUUUUGCAUCGGUGACAUGUUUCAUUUCCUGCCAAUGGGCCUCGCACCAAUCUGCACUUUUGCGUUCUCUCUUUCCAAAAUGACGUGAUAGCCGAGUUAUAGAUAGUGUCCCGCAAAUGUGACCAUUUGGACUCGAUAGUGUCCAUUGGUGGCGUUUGUACAAGAGCUUCUUGUAGACUAUGGGUGUAUACUUCUGUUCUCUCUGGGUUUUUGGUGGAGCAGAUGUUUAUGCGUGGUUUACUAUUGUUUUUUGUGAGAUACAAUUUCUUUGGCUGUAGCCUUAUCUUGCUUGCCACUAAGGAAUGAUCAGUGUCGCAGUCUGCUCUAUGGUAGCUGUCCCAGUUGUGUGCGUCUUGUGAUUAUGAGAUCUAACUGGUGCCAGUGUUUAGAGCGGGGAUGCCUCCAUGAUGUAUACAAUAUAUACGAAAGAUAUUCAAAGCUCAAGCGACACCGUUCCAAUCUUCAAAUUUGCUGAUGAUAUCACCAUUGUUGGUUUAAUAUCUGAAGGAGAAGGCAUAUACCGCAACAUAGUUACGAGCUUUAUCAAUUGGUGCGAUGAAAUUUUUCUACAGUUGAAUUUCUCAAAAAUUAAAGAAAUGGUUGUAAAUUUCAGGAGGGGGAAACACCAGAUUACAGAUCUCAACAUAAACAAAUCAAAAUGUGGAGAAAAUUGAGGCAUACAAGUACUUAGGUGUCACCAUUAAUAAUAAGCUAACAUGGCAUGAGCACGACCAAAUGCUGUAUAAGAAAUUCAACCAAAGACUUUUCUAUCUCAAAAAACUGUACAAUUUCGGCGUAAACAAGCAAGUCGUUAACUGUGUGUUAAGAGUGCAACUAUUGGAAGCCUGCUUAAUUUCAAUAUUACCUGCUGGUGAGGGAAUUCAACGUCUGAUAUUAAACACAACAUAAACCAACUAAUCAAGAAAGCUAGAAACAUAACACAAACUAAACAUCCUUUACUGGAAGAACUAUUUGAAGAAAGAUGUUUUUGCAAACCUAGACACAUUUUGGAUGAUACAUCCCACUCUCUUCAUCACAAAUGGUUUGGAUCGGGCCGGUCGGGACGAAUUCUUUCCAUCAGGGCGAGGACUGGCAGAUAUAAAAAUUCUUUUGUUCACCAAUCUGUACGAAUUUACCGGCAUGCUACCUCUGAAGUCACACAUCUGAAUGAGAUCUAAUUUUGCUAAGAGAACUUACUGAAUGGCUGUUUGAAAUAAUUUAUUAUAAAUGUCUUGUGUUCAAAUUGUUUUAUUUUUUAGCUAAAAAUGUAUAAUGCAAUCAAAAAACAUUUCCAUUUAUUUGGAUAAAUAAAAGAAUCUUAUCUUAUCUUAUCUUAUCUUAUCUUAUCUUAUCUUAUCUUAUCUUAUCUUAAAAAAUAGUCACCCCAUAAAAGCAAAAUUUAAAAAAAAAGCCAACUCUACACUUGGCUUCAUUCGAAGAAAUAUGAGCCACUGCCCGAUUUCCUGCAAACGAAACGAAGUGGCUAUUCGUACCCGGGUCCCAAAAGUGAGAGGUUUGGAUUAAAAAUCAAAAUUAAAAAUAUUAUUGUUAGGUUUGUAAGUCAAAAUGAAGUAUCAAAUGACACAUAAUUGAAUGGACUAUAUGUUUGUAAACUUCAAUCUUCAGUUCAACUAAAAAAAACUACAACAAAUGACAUCCGAAAAGCAUUGGUCUAAUGGGACCUGGGUGCGAAUGGCGGCGCUGCGUGUCCUGGGCUAUUUUGACUAAAUGGAAAUGCUAUUCGGAUGUCAUUUGUGGUAUUUCAUUUUAGUUAAACUGACGAAGUGAGUGUAAAAAAAUAUAGUUCAUUCAAUUAUCUUUCAAUUAUCUUUCAUUUGAUACAUCAUUUAGUUUUGCAUACCAAAAAUAAUAUUUUUGAAUAGUUUUUAAUCCCAACCUCUCACUUCUGGUACCCGGGUACGAGUAGGCGCAGCCCGAAUAAAAUGCCUAUCUUGCACUUGUCCUUCCACUACUAGAAUAUGGUGCGAUCAUCUGGUACCCACUCCUAGACAUGGAAAAGAUGGAGCGAAUUCAACGUAACGCGGUGCGCUUCAUCGCACGUGACUACAAAUCCACCACUUCUGGCUUCAUCAUUGGCCUCUCAAAAAGACUUGACAUCCCCUUCCUUAAAGACAGACGAGAGGGACUCCGCCUUAUAUUCUUAUACAAAGUGGUUAUGGGGCUGGUGCCGGCCAUCCCAGCAGGCGCGUACUUCACCCAAAGAAGCCAGGUCGAUUGAUCAGAGCCAAACACUCACUGAACACUGAUUUCACUACUUACAAUCCGAUAAAGAAUUACACCCGAAACAAAGCAAAUGCUUCACCUGGCAUCGGUAUCACUCAGUAAAGCAUAAUCAAUCAUUCUUCCCAAGCACAAUAAUUGAUUGGAACCACCUGGACAAUGCCGCUGUGCACUCGAAAUCAGUCGAAAGAUUCAAGACUGCCCUGACUUUUGAUAGGAGCUUUUGGAAUAGCAACAUUGCUCCCCAAUUGUUGCACAUAUGGCAGUAUAUUGAUGCAGCAACGCACACUACCAGAACCAGAAUUGUGUGGUGAUCUGACUUAUGUUUUGACUUUGAAAGGUAUCUCUCUUCUUCUUCUUCUUCUUCUUCUUUAUUUUAAGGGCCCACGAUCAAUGAAUUGAUCAUUCUGGCUCCUAUGUUUCAGAGGGGUUUGCGAUGUUACUGUCCAUGUGUUUCAAUGGGAUACUUCACUGGUUGCAAGGGCGACUCAGCAGUGGUGUUAUGAACUGGGGGUUGGAAUACAGGAGGCAAUAGACACAAAUGUAUCGAGUGUAGCCGCCUCAACUGUUGCUUUUGGAAGCUUGUUCCAGUCCCCUAUUGUCUUCGGCAGGAAUGAGGAGCUUCUGUACUUUGUUCUUGUUUUUACCAGCCGGAACUGUUUGUCGUGACUUCGUCGCAGUCUGGGGGGAAGAUUAACGAGUUUCUGUUUGAUUCCGGAGCAGUGCACCAGCCCAUUUGUUAUCUUGUACAACAUGGUGAGCCUGGAUAGUCGUCGUCGUUCUUCCAAUGUCGACCAGCCCAGUGUUUCCAGCAUGCUGCCAACACUCGAGGUGCUUCUGUAGCGGUUCAUGACAAAGCGUGCUGCCCGUCGCUGGACCGCCUCCAACCUGUCUAUGCUUUUCUGGGUAAAUGGGUCCCAGACUGUAGAAGCAUACUCUAAAAUAGGUCGGACAAAGGCUUUAUAGGCUUUUUCUUUCACGCUUGAGUUGCCGAUCUUCAGAUUGCGCCUUAGGAACCCCAGGGUCUUGUUUGCCCGGUUGCACACACUGUUAAUGUGCUCGUCCCAGCGGACCUCUCUUUGGAUGGUAACACCCAAGUACUUAACGGAGGAAACUGGCUCUCUUAUGAGAUAUUAUAUGUUCACUCUGUCAAGGGGAUUAAUUUAAUGAAGUGAUAUUGCCGCACAAACAUAAUAUCCUAUCUUUAUACUAUUAGAUUGAAACGAAGUCUUUAUCAGAGGGGAAAAUAACUGCAAGUAUUUUGUUCACGAUAGUUAUUUAUAUUAACUUCAUAGUUCACACCUUUGUUAGAGAAUAUAUACAAAAUGGAAUUUAGCAAAAUUUUUAAUGUAUCUUAUUUCAUUAUAAGUGUCCCUAAAAUGCUGAUAUCAUCAUCAUUAUAAAUGCUACAUUUGCUCAAGGUCAUAUCUUCAAUCAAGGCUGAGUUAGCCUUAGAAAAUAUCUCAGUUGAUCUCAGCGGAUCAAUAAGUUUUGGAGUUUCUUCCGUUCCAGAAGUGUGUCCUCCGUUCCUGUCUUCGGGGCUUUUCAAAGCGAAGCGAAGUAGGCGUUCAUGGUCGUAGAAGGCGUCAACUUCUUAUUGUUCCAAGAGUUUCCGGUCGAUCUCUGUGAUAGGGGAAGUAGACUCUCGAGUGAUAAAUAGUGGCUGAUAAGAGUCCCUGAAUCUCAAGGUCCUUACCGUAGCCGUAGGUUAUUUGGUGUGAGACAUGACAAAAGAUCCUCUAGUUUCAGCUUCAAGGUGCGUUGGUUCAGUAAGAAAACAAACAGUAUUCUAGGUUGCAGGUACUGAUCACGAUAAUGAAGUCCUAAGUAUACCAGGCUACAGCGUUCACAACCAAGUGAAAUGAUCAUUAAAGGACACAUUCUAAUAUGUUUCUGCUAUUUAUUGAAGUUGGGGAACAAUUUUAAUUGAUUGGAUUAAAAGUUGUUUAUUUUCCCAACCAAUUACAAUCAGUCUCAUAUUACAGAUUUGACCUUCCACCUAGAAAAAUUAUAGGAGAAUGAGAGGGUGAAUACAAAUCACGAUUUUGCAUGCGCUGUCGUACUUCGGAAGCCUAUAACAAUGGAGAUAACUCGGGUUAUUAUUAUACUGCAAAGGCAAGGGUGAGAAGGGGGUAUUAUUUUACAGGGUCGAGUUUACGGUGGAGGAAUUUUUCAAUGUCCAGUCUUAAACAUCACAAAUAACAGACAAUAAAAAAACUUCUUCUAGCUAGGCCUACUAUUAUUUAGUUAAAAGUUCUUUUUUUUUUCCUUUUUUCAGAAUUAACACAAUUAAGAGAAGACCAACUCUUUGGUUUACCUCUGGAUCUUCUCAUGAAAAAAGACACCUCGUUUAAAAAUAAUGGACCACAUCUUAAAAUUCCUUCUUUGUUAUGCUUGGUACGUUUUUCUGUUAUGUUAAUUUACAUUAAUUUAUAUUUAAAGUUAAUUUUUUGAUAACUUGAUAGUGGAGCUUUUAGAUAGCAGUUUAUUUAUUUUCAUUAGCCGUGAUUGGUUUGGUUUUAAUUUUCUUUUUAACCAAAAUUAAAAAAUAACACCACAAAGCAGGCUAUAACAAAAACGUUGAAAUAAUUGACGAAUUUUUUGACAUUUUUCAUUUAUUUUAUAUCUAACAAGGAUAUUUUUUUUAAUAAAUGGUAUCGGUUAUAUAAAGAACAUUUUAAAAUAUGCAAAAUAUCAUUUUAUGCAUUCUAGCUGCUUCAAUUUAUCCAUAAAAAUGGCCAAACUACCCAAGGCAUAUUCAAAGCUCCAGAAAGCAGUACCAAGGUCAAGGUAGGAUUUGGUAUUUUAAAUUAAUUUUGUAUUCUGUUAAAAUGGAGUUUUAAAUUACUUUAUUAUGUAUAAGGGAAUUUUUUUAUAAUGUAUAUUUUGUUAUUCAUUACAAAAAAAUAAGGUAAGAUUUUGACAUUACCAAGAAUUAAUUAUAUUUACAUACCUAGAGAAAAUAAACAGAAUGCAUUUUUUAAUAUCUGCGAGUCAAGUAAAUAUAUGCUGAAAGAUAAUUCGGAUGCUACUCUUUCAAAUGUAUUUACUAGGGUUGUCUGUUGAUUUCGCUUUACAAAGUCAACACGUCUUGUUGUUAACAGCCACUUGAAAGAUCAAAUGAUUGUCUUGGGGCAUUAGAAUAAUAAUAUGUAUUCUCUUCGCUAAUGAAUCUCCACAAAUAUUUUUAAUGCUGAAAAGGAAAACAGAAUCUUAUCUUUUUUUUCCCCUUCAAAAAACUUUUGUUACACCAUUCAUCACCGUCCUCUUUGGCAGUCCCAGCGCACCCUAAAUUUACAACACAAAAAUUGUGCCACCUGAGCCUUCCACCCACAUUGAGAACCACUGUUCUAAUGAAUCAGGAGCGCUUCUGUAAUUUGGUUGCAAAGUUUUUGUAGUAUGUUUUUCUCUCUAAGACAGUUUUGUGGUCAACAUUUUGAAAGUUCAUAAAAAUUUUUUUUUUUUUUUGCUUUAAAAAAAACGCCUUUAGUGAAACCGUACAAAAGUAGAGUUUCAUACUCCGUUUCCGGUUGACAAGUCUGUGGCUGCUUGUCGAUUAGGAGGCGUCGUCGGCCACCAACCCCUUCAACGUUACCCAGGAAACACGACCCCUGGGUGCGUUCUGCGUGGGCAGACAAGGGUCGUGCUCGGUACUUGCCGUAAAUAAAACAGCACUGACAGGGCUGCCAGUUGUGACGCUUCACAACUGGAAGAAAAUGCAGAAACAGGGAAGUGAUCAUGUUUACAAGUUGCAGUUGAUGGAUUUGAGGCGAGAGGUAAAAAUGGUAACCUGUAACCGAUGAUCUUACUAUGCAGCCUUGAGAAGCUGAUCCAAGGCAACCGUUUCGUCCCAGCUACUUCGAAAAUUAGUUGCGUGGUGGAAACCCACUGUAGAAUCCUUUUUAUAGGCGUCCAACUUUUCCACGGGUUGUGUGGGGAAGAUAUUAGGACGUACAUUUACAAUCCAAUUUCCUGAGAAAGUCGAUCGUGUGCACUGUGUGCAAACACGGUAUCGAUACAACCGGGUGUCUUUGGGUUGGGGCGGGCCCACCAGCGGUUCCCGAUUGAGCGAGCUCGGGUGGGGGGCUGUAGUGAUACUGGGCUUACGGUGUGCUUUGGGGAAGACAUAAUGAGCUCUAAGCUCGACGCCCGCUAACGCCAUUACUUAAUGUAAUAUUUCAUACGGCCAAUCUUUUCGUGGAUCAAGACAAGAAAUGUAAAUAGUCAUGUAUCAUGUCAAUAAAGUUUACCGCAUCCAGCCUGCAAUCAACAGCAGAGCAGCCCCUUAAAUUUGAUGAGUGACGUCAUUCUGCACACCGUUGUAAAAACAACCGAGAAAUGGCGGUAGGAUGUGAGGGUAGGGGAGGGUAGGUAUUAGGAUGAGGUGGGAUGGCAGGGUUGGCAGUAGGAUGAGGUGGCAGGGUAGGGUUGGCAGUAGGCGCAGAAGGAAUGGUAUGGUUGGCAGUAGGAUGAGAAGGGAGGGUGCGGUUGGCAGAAGUUUGAGGAGGGAGGGUAGAGUAGGCAGUUGGAUGAGGUGAGACGUUAACGUAGGCAGUAGGAUGAGAAGUGAGGGUAAGGUAGGCAGUAGGGUGAGAAGGGAGGGUAAGGUAGGCAGAAGUAUCAAAAGGGAGGGUAAGGUAGGCAGCAAUAUGAGGAGGGAGGGUAGAGUAGGCAGUAGGAUGAGGUGAGACGGUAGGGUAGGCAGUAGGAUGAGAAGCGAGGGUAAGGUAGGCAGUAUGAUGAGAAGAAGGCUAAGGUAGGCAGUAUGAUGAGAAGGGAGGGUAAGGAAGGCAGUAUGAUGAGAAGAAGGCUAAGGUAGGCAGUAUAAUGAGAAGCGAGGGUAAGGUAGGCAGUAGGAUAAGAAGCGAGGGUAAGGUAGUCAGUAGGAUGAGAAGGGAGGGUAAGGUAGUCAGUAGGAUGAGAAGGGAGGGUAAGGUAGGCAGCAGUAUCAAAAGGGAGGGUAAGGUAGUCAGUAGGAUGAGAAGGGAGGGUAAGGUAGGCAGUAGGAUAAGAAGCGAGGGUAAGGUAGUCAGUAGGAUGAGAAGCGAGGGUAAGGUAGGCAGUAGGAUAAGAAGCGAGGGUAAGGUAGUCAGUAGGAUGAGAAGGGAGGGUAAGGUAGGCAGUAGGAUAAGAAGCGAGGGUAAGGUAGUCAGUAGGAUGAGAAGCGAGGGUAAGGUAGGCAGUAGGAUAAGAAGCGAGGGUAAGGUAGUCAGUAGGAUGAGAAGGGAGGGUAAGGUAGGCAGUAGGAUAAGAAGCGAGGGUAAGGUAGUCAGUAGGAUGAGAAGCGAGGGUAAGGUAGGCAGUAGGAUAAGAAGCGAGGGUAAGGUAGUCAGUAGGAUGAGAAGCGAGGGUAAGGUAGGCAGUAGGUUAAGAAGCGAGGGUAAGGUAGUCAGUAGGAUGAGAAGGGAGGGUAAAGUAGCCAGCAGUAUGAGGAGGGAGUUUAGAAUAGGCAGUAGGAUGAGAAGGGUGGAGUAGGUGGUUGUAUUGAGAGACAGUGCGGGAUAGGCAGUAAGAGAAUGAUGGAAAUAAAGUUAAUGGUAACCUAGAACAAGGAAUCGCAAACUUUGUUUCGGCUACCCUUCACACAAUUAACUCAACUUCAGCGCCACCGAAAAAAAUAAUUCUUAUAAUUUGAGUACAGUUGCUAGCCAUACUCUGGAGGAGAGUUAAAACUAUCAAAUGUUUUCAACUAUCAGACAUGCCGGCUUAAGGCAUUGGUCGGCUGCCUGAAGUUCUAGCUUGAGGCAUUGGUCGGCUGCGUGAAGUGGCACUUUUCAACGGGCGGCAAUUUAAAGAGAAAAAUAAAUAUGGGGCAGGGAAAGAAACAAUGAAAAUGAAAUUAAUUAAAUGAGUUUUAUAACGUUAACUUUAAAAAAGUUUUUCUAUAUAAUCAGCUCCCGCCCCCUUGGGUAGUCUACUGAGAAUUUUAGCGCCCCCCGGCAUCCACCCCGCUAACUUUGAGAAACCUUGAUAUAGAAUAUAGAUAUUUAUAUUUUAAUAAUCGUGAGGGCUAACUAAGUUUCUUCCAUCAUUACAAAACUGGCAACAUCUUCUAAAGUCUGUGUAUUAUUUUGAUCACUCUGCCCCUAUCUCAAAAAUGUUUUGAGUUAACAAACAUUUAGAAAAACAGCAAACUAUCGAUCCAGAGCUCAUUUUAUCUUACCCAAUAUCCCCCCCCCCCCCAUGCCCAAUUUGCGAAAUUCUAGUCGGGCCGCAAAGCGACACGUAGUGGAUAUUCCGCACCCGCCUUCUACUCGAUUGACUGCUAGUGGGGCGGCAUCAGUGAAGGAACACCUGGUAUGCUGGUGGUGCUGCUCUCGCAGCACCCGGUCAGCUGGUGGUGCUGCUCUCACAGCACCUGGACGGCUGGUGUUGAUGCUCUCACAGCACCUGGUUGGCUGGUGUUUUGCUUCUCUCACAGCACCUGGUUGGCUGGUGUUUUGCUGCUCUCACAGCAUCUUGUUUGCUGGUGGCGCUGCUCCCACAGAACCUGGUCGUUGUUGGGGCUGCUCUCACAGCACCGUGGCGGUUGGUGGUGCUGCUCUCACAGCACCUCAAUUCGAAACUUCUAUGGGCUUGGAUGGAUAUAUUUUAAAGUCCUCGAAAAAAUCACCCCUUCCCAUCCCAUGGUAACGACCGACGCGCUCUAACAGGGUCUCUACAAAUGGUUUCUACUUUGUGAUUAGGUCACAUUGUAGUUGAGACGAAACGGUUGCCUAGAGACAGUCAACUAUAUCCUUCAAUCGAUUCCUAAUAAUAUUAUUACAUUAAGCUAUAUCCGCGAACGAUCAUCAACAGCAUUAUAUUGAACGAUAUUUAUCAGGCACACUAUCUCUAACGCCAGAAGAUAAAAAAUGUGUUUUACCGUCACAUAAUCCUUUCUACCGUGAAUUUGAACGAUGUCUUGACUGCCAUUUAAUGUAUAACGUUGUUUUUGUUAAUUCAUCUCCCAGAAACUAAAAGAGGAUAUAGAAGCAAACUUGUACAAAAGCCCAAACUAUGAAAUAUCUAACGAAUAUAAUGCCCAUGACGUAGCGGCUGCCCUCAAAGACUUCAUUGCUCAGCUGCAAAUGCCUCUCAUGACAACACCUGUGCUCCAAUUUUUCCCAGAUUUUUUUGGUGAGUAGUAACUGACUUAAAUGACUGACUAGGUCAGUACAUUACAUCUCUAGAUCCAGAGCAUUGCAUUACCGUUUUCAAUUACUGAGUAAUCUGAAAGAACAAAUUGAAAUUUGAAUUAAAACAGUCACUUAUGUUCCUAUUUAGUACGAGGAAUGGAGACCAGGGACCUAUUGAAGGGAUUGAGAUUUUAUAAUCUAAUGAUGGCACCAGAACACAGAGACUCAUUACAGGUAAAUUAACACGAUCAUGUCCUAUACUUAAAUACAUGUGUACAUUCAGGGCCACACCACCCGCUCCUCGGCCUAGGCUAUUUUAUUGCUUCAUUUAAUGAUGUUGAUUUAUUCAGUUUUGAAUUAACACUUACUGUCUAGUUUUACCAUUACUGGGAAUACUCCAUGUACCUAACCAUAUUCCUCAUACUUCGUGUACCUUAUUCCCCAUACUCCAUGUACCGAACCAUAUUCCCAAUACUCCGUGUACCUAACCUUAUUCCCCAUACUCCAUGUACAGAACCAUAUUCCCAAUACUCCGUGUACCUAACCGUAUUUCACAUACUUCGUGUACCUUAUUCCCAUUACUCAGUGUACAGAACCAUAUUCCCAAUACUCCAUGUACCUAACCACUUUCCCAUAAUCCAUAAAAACGUAUAUGUUAAAGAAGCCCUGGACAAUUAAUGUAUAUACAAAAGAGAUAUAGGUUAAUAUAAGUGUUCGCAACCAGUUUUCUUUCAGACCAUAUCCCCAAGGGGGUGGGGACUUAAGGUUUUCGGGGGGGGGGGAGUGCCAGUGGAAAGAGGCUGUCUAAGGUGGGCAUAGGGAACAUAUGUCAACUUAUGCCAGACUAUCGGGGGCAUACAUGGGCUACAGUUUUAAUGGAUGGGGGGGGGGGGGGGGGGGGUUGGAAUAAACAAUGAAUCUUGUCCCCUGGCACUAAAGACACACGCCAGUGACGUAGAAUGAAGGGGAAAAUAUUUGGUCUUCCGAGGUGUCAUUUUUGUAUAGAUUGAGCGGCGGGAUUUUUGGACAACUGCAGAGUUACUAUCGAGAAAGGCGGCGCGGCAAAAAAAAUAACCCACCUAGGGUGACGCUAAAACUAGGCACGCCGCUGGACAGUGUAUAUAUCAGUACCAACAUUGGUUGUCAGAGCAAGCAAUGCCGCCAUUUGUAUCGGGAAUUAAGGCAGACAUCAAGCAUCCCGUUGGCUUUUCCCUAACCAGAAAAUGUUUGAUUAUUUAACAAUCAAGAGAUGCAUUUUGCAGUGCAAAUUGUAUGUAUCUUUCAGACAAUGUGUGAAGGGGCAUUUCAGACUUUCAUAAAUUUACUAUUAGAUGUCUCGUGGAGAAAUGCUACGAAUACAAUAUAAAAAUACACUAACUAUGUGUGAACUACAAAUCAGAUUAUGAUAGCAUAGACAGGAAAUACCAGUACGAUGCUCUCCUGGAACUUGGAGUCCCUAACAAACUUAUCAGACUCAUACAUAUGACGAUGGAUAACUCCAAAAGUAUAAUCAAAGUACAGAUAGAGUACUCAAGAGAGUUCCCAAAUAAUCAGUAAUUAGAAACAUACAUGUGAGCACUGGAGAGGUAAUACAGAACAACCAUAAGGAACUUUAUAAAGCCAGCCACUACAGUCCUUGGCAUACACAGACGAUAUAGCGCUACUUGAUAAAAACAGCAAUACUAUAAUUAAAGCUUUCAGUUAGUUAAGAUUGUAGGUGUCACUUGGCUUUGGAGCCAUCGUGUGGGGUCUGCAAUAUAGCUGCAUGGGGCCUCGCAUAUUUUUGGGGCUUAAAGUUUUGCUGUAAUUACUUUAAAUUAUCAACUUUUGGUGCUAGGAACGGAAGGACAAAACUGAAGAGUAGCAGGAUGGCACAAAAAGUCAAACAACCUCUCUGUUUGACUAAGUGUGUUAUACACAUAUAUAUAAUUUUUUUUAUUCUGUCGAAGAGUAAUGUGUUGUUUUUAGUUUAAAUAAAGUAUUUUUGGGGUAAAGUACAUAAAAAUAAUAAAUUUACUACAAUAUAUUUUAAAUUUUAAAAAAAGUAUUUCUUACGAAAAAAGAAUCCAUCAUAAAAAAAAAAAAAAAAAAAAAAAAAAAAAAGAAAUGCUAAAAUAGUUUCACAUUUUUAACAAAAAAAGAAAACCCCAUAGACAUACAUUUAUUGUUAAAUAUUUUCAAGUGUUACCAAAAUCAAAAAGAAAAAAAAUCUGUAGAAAGAGCUAUACUUUGUAUGAGUUUUCAAAAUUUGUCUUUAUUUAUAAAUCGUAUGUAACCGACAUAAUUGUUAAGAGGACAUGAGUCGUUUACAAAAGAAAUGAUAUAUUUAUUAAUUUGUGAUUUUUUUGUGAAGGAAAUCGUAUAAAAUUAAGUUUAAAUUCUUAAUAUUCAGUUGGUUGAAAUGUUAAUUUAGAUUUUCAAACUACUAUAAUUUGCUUCACCUCAAUUACAACGUGCCAAUUCGAUAUUUUACUUUAAACCAUUUUGUUUUACCCAUUCAAUAAAAUUUCUUUUUAACUACUAUUGCUGACCCUGACAUUAACAAGGUAUUGCUGACCCUGACAUUAACAAGGUAUUGCUGACCAUGACAUUAACAAGGUAUUGCUGACCCUGACAUUCACAGGGUAAAGCUGACCCUGACAUUCACAGGGUAAAGCUGACCCUGGCACUAACAAGGUAAAGCUGAACCUAACACAACUAGUGUAUUCUCACCCCCUCCGCUUAUUGGCUUGAGACGGAAUAAAAUCUAUUUGAACGUCUGUGUCACCGCCGGCUUCGAACCGACCCCUAUCACGUCGAGACUAAACUAUUUUGAAUAAGCCGUUCUAGGACUUGACCAUAUGGUCUCGAAACUAAGCACUUUGGCUUCUCUGGGUGGACCUUGAAACUGAAAGAGUCAAAAGGGGAUCUAUAAGGCCAGAGAUCUGAACCGUUUAAGCGCCGCUACCUCAUGAUAACAUGUAACAAGUUGUGGUGAACAACGAAAAGGAUUUUUCCCAGUAAUUGUGAAACAGUUUUGAAGAAGUAUUAGGAAUAAAAAGUGGUGUUGACAUUGCCAGUGGAUGACAUCAACCCUAGUAAUGCCACUACUAGAUUGUGCUUCAUACUCAGUUCUAGAAACAGUCAAUACUGUUUAUUUGCAGCUAUAGAUAUUUGCUAGUUUAAUUAUUCUAACCUACGGAUAUAGUUGCAAUUUUUUUUUCUUACUCAUUUCUUAGCGAAAGAUAUACAUGCAAGGUUUGUCUAUUUUUAGGUAAUGUCGUUCAAUCUCAACAUUUGAUAUUGUAGCGCAGAGCAUCAUAAACUUUUUACUCACUGUGACCUUUUAGAAUCAAUUUCUAUCCUUGACACCACACCACUAGGCCUACCAUUUGUCUUACAAGUUAAUAUGUUUCAUUACAUUGUAUCUGCCUGGCACCUACUUUGUUAUAAUCAGGGGAGGUGCAAAAUAGCUCAUGCGUGUGGGGCUAAGGAGAGUGGCCGCUCUUGGCACAAAAAUUAGGGCCCUCAAAAUAGUGAACUAACUAUGGACAGUGUACAGCAAACAUGCUAGAAUGUGUACAGCAAACGUGCUAGAUAGUGUACAGCAAACAUGCUAGACAGUGAACAGCAAAUAUGCUAGACAGUGUAAAGUGAACAUGCUAGACAGUGUAAAACAAACAUGCUAGGCAGCGUACAGAAAACAUGCUAAACUGUGUACAGCAAACAUGCUAGACGGUGUACAGCAAACGUGCUAGUCUAUGUACUGCAAAAAUGCUAGACUGUGUACAGCAAACAUGCUAGUCUAUGUACUGCAAAAAUGCUAGACUGUGUACAGCAAACAUGCUAGUCUAUGUACUGCAAAAAUGCUAGACUGUGUACAGCAAACAUGCUAGACUGUAUACAGCAAACAUGCUAGACGGUGUACAGCAAACAUGCUAGACGGUUACAGCAAACAUGCUAGACGGUGUAGAGCAAACAUGCUAGAAGGUGUACAGCAAACAUCCUGGACGGUGCACAGCAAACAUGCUAGACAGUGUAAAACAAACAUGCUAGACUGUUUACAGCAAACAUGCUAGACGGUGUACAGCAAACAUUAUAAUGUGCAGCAAACUGUGUACAGCAAACAAGCUGGACGGUGCACAGCAAACAUGCUAGACAGUGUAAAACAAACAUGCUAGACUGUUUACAGCAAACAUGCUAGACGGUGUACAGCUAACAUUAUAAUGUGCAGCAAACUGUGUACAGCAAACAAGCUAGACUGUGUACAGCAAACAUGGUAGACAGUAAAAAGCAAACAUGCUAGACAGUUUUACAUUCGAAGUACAAACAACAUGUAUAUACAAAUAUAAACAUUAAAGAUGUAUGUAUGUACAUUGUACAUAAAUAGGCCUUUAUCUAUAAGCUGACCAGAUUUUAUGGAUGGAAAGUACGGACAAAAAAGCUCACAGUAACCGGAACCAUACCAGGAUGGGGGGAGGGGGGUGUUCUCGUUUUGUAUCGGACAACUCCCCCCCCCCCCCCCCCCCAAAAAAAAAAAAAAACACCAAAGAAAUGAAAUAAUUUAAUAGAUAAUUGUGACGUUACGAGAAGAUUUAAAAAAUGUGUCGGGGGUUUAUGGCGACAGGUUGGCCAGUCCAGUGGUCCCCAUAAUAUGCAUCGCUCUAGGUACCAUGUUGCCCUCGGUCAAAGCUAUGAAAAUGGGGCAAAGAGAGCUGUAACAGCGGGAGUCAAAAUCUUCUUUAGAUGUGAUCUUAAUAGUGAAUUAAAAGUUCAAACAGUAAAAAAGAAAUGAAAUACAAAAUUUUAAAAUUUUAAAACUCUUAGCUGAAAAGUAGUAUCCGAGAGGGCAGCAGAAGAACAGUGAAAACCUAAAUUUGGAAUAAGCGCCGGGAAUUGAAACAUUAUAGGAACCACUGAACUACCACGUUGGAGAUGCGUUGGACAAGAUAUUACUGUAAUACUGCUACUACUGAGUACUAUUGAAGCGAUUUCUAGCUACUUCAUUUAAUGAAAAGAAAAGGCAACAUUAUGACAAUAAUUCCUACACAAAAUUGCCUGAUUGGGUACUUUAUUAGAGUUAUAAAUUUUGGACUGUCAGAUGAAGCUGAAACUAUUCACUGCACCUGCCUUCGUCGAGAAAUAAGACAAGACAGAUGGAAAUAACACAAGCAAGUCGUCACUGCAAAAAGUACAGACAAGCCGGACGACGAGAAGAAAGUAAAGACAGAAAAGGAUGUCGGUACCCUACUUUUUCGUAGAAAAGGCCGGAGGGGGGGGGUGUUCCAUGUAAGAAAAAAGUAGGGGGAGGUAGUUAAAACCGGUGUGCUUUUUAUGUUUACGAGGGUGGCCAUGAAAAUAAAGAUGUUUGGAAAAUUCAUCAGAAGAUUUCGCUUAUACUUGUAUUUUUCUGAGAAUUAACUUUUUUUUUUUGAAUUGGAACAAUAUAAAACAAUUAAAAAUAUUAGCGAAAUUACCUUAAAUAAUGUCUAUAUAAGACCCAAUUCCUAAAAUAGUUGGUGAACAAAUCCAUACCGUCGCAAAGUCAACAGAAGAAACAACUAAAUAUCAAUGAUUUUUAUAAAUACCCCCAUGCCUAGAGACAACUAAAUAUAAAUGAUUUAAUAUUAACACCACCAUGCCUAGAAACAACUAAAUAUAAAUCAUUUAAUAUAAACACAACCAUACCUAGAGAUAGCUAAAUAUAAAUGAUUUUUUUUAAAUUCAACCAUGCCUAGAGACAACUAACUAUAAGUGAUUUAAUAUAAAUACAACAGUGCAUAGAAACAAGUAAAAUAGAAAUGAUUUCUAUAAACACAAUCAUUCCUAGAAACCACUAAAUGUAAAUGAUUUAAUAUAAAUACAACCGUGCCUAGAAAAUAGAUAUGACUGAAUAAAAAUUAUACAACAAUGCCUACCAACUAACUAACUAUCAAUGAUUUAAUAUAAAUAAAACUGUGCCUAGAGACAACUAAAUAUAAAUGAUUUGUAUAAACACAACCAUGCCUAUAAACAACUAGAUACAAAUGAUUUAAUAUAAACACAACCAUGCCAAGAGACAACUCGAUACAAAUGAUUUAAUAUAAACUUAAUAAACACAACCAUGCAUAUAAACAACUAAAUAUAAAUGAUUUGUAUAAAUACAACCAGGCCAGGGCCACUAAAUGUAAGUGAUUUUUUAAAAACACAACCAGACCUGGAGACACCUUAUUUUCCAUUAGCAUCUUCUCUGCUACUCUCCAAUAAGUAAAGGGAAGAGUGUUGGAAGACCCAAAAAAAAAUCCGGUAGGUUCCACAAUUCAUCCAUGCAUUUUGAAAUAUUUAAAAAUACUGAAGAAGGGCUAAAUAAUAUUUUUAAUGAGGUAAAUAAAUAUCAUUUAGAAUCUUUCCUCGUGUAUACAUGACAUUUUAAUGGCAUGGUUAAUUUUUGAGGUACGUAAUAUUUUUAUGACGUGUUUUUUAUUUAUUACUAACAUGCACUUUGUUUUAUUCCAAAGAUGCUCCUAACAGUUCUCAAUGCCCUGACACAAAACAGUGCAGAAAAUGGAUUGACAGUUGAAGACUGUGCUAAUAUUUUCUGGCCGGUCUUGUUCUCACUUCCGCCUGACUGUUCAAAGGAAGAGACUGCGAAAAGAAAGAAACAAUUUUUUGACCUCACCAGAGUGUUUGUGCAUUACAAUGAUUACCUCUUUACGGUAAUGACCUGUGAUGCACCCUCCUUGCCCUGCCUCAUUUUCUGUCUCGGGUUGAUCCUGUAGUAUAGGCCAAAACGGGCCAAAGUGUCCUCGUUUUAUAGCCAUUUUAAUUGUUUAUAUAGUAUAGUAGUUACUAUCCUAGUGUCUCAUUUUUAUUGUACUUAGUUUACAUGUUUUUAAUAAUUGUAAAGCGCUUAGAGCUUUAAGGUAAGCGCUAUAUAAAAAUGCCUAAAUAAAUAAAUAAAUAAAUAAGGGAUCUGUCAGUGACAUUUAAUAGUUAAAAUAAUUGCAGCUCGUCUGCAUAAAAUGAUGUAUAUGGCAUUUCAUCAAACAACUUAAAUGGAAUCACAAUGGGGUUGAGGGCAGUGGUCAGGAGACUUUAGAUGUUACAUUACGAGAAUAGUGUAAUUUUUUCCAUAAGUUUCUACUCACAUUGGAAGUAUGAACAAAAUUGGCAAACAAUGUUAUGUCAACUUUUAUUUAGACCCAGUCAAAUAGGAAUAUGGGAUACCAGAUAAAAAAGGUGAAAUAAAGCCUUUACUUUAAACUAGUAAAACUAGACAUUUGGGAGUGCUAAAAUCUCAAAAUAGCCUUUCCAAUGACACCAUCGAGGUCCAGAGAUGAGGACCCAGAAGCAGCAGAUAUGUUAUAAAGAUAACAUAGUAAUUUUGAAUGCAGUUGUGUAAGGCAUGUCAGCGCUUUUUGUUGGUAGUCUGAGGUCACUAAAAGUUCAUCAAUAUAUUUAAAUAUGAUUUUUUUCUUUAGGUUUAAGUUGGAGUUGUUAGUAGAGAUGGGGAUUAAACUAUUUUUUUCGUUAAUCUAAGAUCGGGUUCAGUUCCGGAUCGGUAACAACAAGGAAUGUAAUACCAUUGUUUUUCUUCAACAUAACGGUUUUCGGUUUUAGAAAUUCCAUUUUAAAACCAUUUUUUUUUAAAAAUUAAGACACUCGCUAGAACUACCAAAGGAAGCAGACGCAUUGGUCCACUUUCCAAACUUUUGUUCUAUGGUGGUGCAUCGGUGGUUUGAUAUUUAUCUUGUAAAAUCAUCGUACAACUGCAGAGUACUUCCCCCUCUUCUACCACGACAAUCUCACAUAAUCUAGUUCAGAGGUUCUUAAAAUAUGACCCGCAGAUCAGAUCCGGCCCAUCAGAGGUCUUCAACACGAAGCUCCAGGCUGUCGUACGGGUACCCGGGUACCUCUGUGUAAAUUAAAUUUCGUGUUUUAUGGAUGCGUGUUUUGGUGUGGAGAGUAAUCAUGUAGCUUUGGCCAUGUGCUUUGUAUUUGGGUGUGGCUGACUGGUGACGUUUUUAUUUAUCUAUUGUACUGCUUGUCUCAGUAACCGGUUCGUAACACUGAUUUAUGAAACUGGACAUUGACAAUUGCAUUAGCCCAGAUCUGGCUUAGACAUCCCAUUGAUAUAUUAAAAAGUUUGUUAAAUUGAAAUUGUUCUUUAUUUAAAAGUUACUUUGUUUGGUUUUGAGGAUACUAUUUGUUUACACUGGAUAAAAAAUAGUCCCCGCUACAAUGUGUUUGGAUUCAAAUUGGCAGGAUUAAUGCGCAAAAUGUGUUCUACCGGAGGAGGUGGGUAAUUGUUUUGCAAUAGGGUUUUCUAGUGUAUUAAUAAAAUAAAAGCAAUGCUUAUGUAAGUUAUAAUGUGCCAUAUUCGUGAACGAAAAUUCGGCUCUAUAAGUUGUCGAUUAUUUCGUUGUUCAUACUCAGUAAAGUUGAAGUUCGGGUUCAGUCGUCCGCAGGGUUCGGGUUCGAUUCUUAACUCAGCGUGUUACCAAAGAACUCUGUCUCGGAGUUAGGAUUAAGGUUAGGGCUAGGAUUUAGCUCAUAUAAAAAAACUAAUGUGAUCAUUGAGCUUACACUUAUCUUCGCUGAUGUGAUUAUUGAGCUUACACUUAUCUUAGCUCAUGUGGUCAUUGAGCUUACAAUUUCCUUAGCUCAUGUGAUCAUUGAAGUUACAAUUAUCUUUGCUGAUGUGAUCAUUGAGCUAACACUUAUCUUAGCUCAUGUGAUCAUUGAGCUUACACUUGCCAUAUCUCCUGUGAUCACGGAGCAUACAUUUACCUAAGCUCCUGUGAUCAUUGAGGUUGCACUUAUUUUAGCUCCUGUGAUCAUUCGGUCCUGAUACUAAUAUACGAGUUUAAGUACCUUCAUCAUUCAGUGCAUCCAGACAAUACGACCAAUAUAUCAAAUGCACUUUUUGAUAAGUCAUGGAAUAAUAAAAUGGGUUGAGAAAAGUAAGAGAUGGGAGGUGGAGCAAUCUAACAGUAAUAAGUGUCACUGUCAUAGAUCAAUAUGACCACCCUAAGCCCUGUGUCACAUCCUCUCUUCGUUCCCAUCCUCUCUUCGUCGCCAUUCUAUCCUCGUCCCCAUCCUCUCAACGUCGUCACCCCUUCUAGUUCCCAUCUUAUCCUCGUCCCCAUUCUCUCAACGUCGUCACCCCUUCUAGUUCCCAUCUUAUCCUCGUCCCCAUCUUCUCAACGUCGUCACCCCUUCUAGUUCCCAUCUUAUCCUCGUCCCCAUCCUCUCAACGUCGUCACCCCUUCUAGUUCCCAUCUUAUCCUCGUCCCCAUUCUCUCCUCGUCGUCAGCCCCUUCUCGUCCCCAUCCUCACCUAGUCCCCAUCCCCUCCUAGUCCCCCCCUCCUCAUUCCCAUCCUGUACUCACUCCCUUUGAUCCGACAAUUUUUAAUCUACACAUUUGUGAUGUCUGGGUUUUUUCUCGUAAGGUGGUUACUCUGGUAGUUAAGAGUACUUCCCACUUUAUAACUUACUCUAUGAUUUAAUAAGAUUAAAUCCCUCUGUAGCUCACUCUAUAAGAAGAAAUCCCUUUCUAAAAUGAUAUGAUUACUUACAUUCUUUUGUUUGACGCAGCCCUUACCUGUUCAGAUAAAAGCCACCGACCGCUCAGGAAAAAAAGUUUUUAAUUUUAUAUAAUACAUUUACACAUAAAAUAGAACUGAGAGACACACUACAUAUUUCCAGACAUUUAAUAUGUUGUUAUCAAGUUAUUUCAGACAUGUUAGGACUUUUACAGGUAUCACCUGAAAUACUUAAUCAACUGAGACGAUUGAGAAAAAGAGGGGAUGAACCUAGCCCGGUAUGUACAAAUAUAAGAAUUGAUCAAACUGAAACUUAAACUUGUAGGAACACAAAUGACUCAAAAAUCUUUUUUUUUCCCUUUAAAUCAAAGUGACAACUCUACUUUGUCAUCCAUAUUAAUAUUGAAAGCUACUAUUAAAGGUUUUCUUAGAAAUAUUUUUUUAAUCGUUUUAUUAUUAUUACACUUGGAUUUUCAAAAUUUAAGUAAACGCCAGCAGUUACGAUUAUUAUUUUUUAAAAUGCUAUCUUUAUAUCCCAUUGUAUUCUAUGAUUGUUAAAAAAUACAACUUAGAUCAUUUCUUUUUAUAGUCUAAUAAAUAUGUAUGUCAAACUAUAUUAUAUACAUGCUCUUUACAUAUGUACUCUCAUUAUAUUCCUUCCCGAAAAAUACAAUUAACUCAUACUAUUGCUUAUCAUGAUACAAAGCAUCUAACUUUUUUUUGAUCAAUCAAAUUUUAUAUUUUCUUCUCGCGAAUAUAGAAAUUUAAUAAACAACUGGAACCUAGACAUAGAAUGGUGAGUAUUAUGUUUACAUACAUGCUAGAACCUAGGCCUAGAAUAGUUAGUGAUAUAUUUAACUAAAUGCUAGAACCUAAACCUAUAAUUGUAAGUAGUAUGUGUUCCUUAAUGCUAGAACCUAGGCCUAGAAUAGUUAGUGAUUUGUUUAACUAAAUGCUAGUACCUAGACAUAGAAUUGUAAUUAUUAUGUGUACCUGAAUGCUGCAACCUAGACCCAGAAUGGUCAGUAUUAUUGGUUCAUUAAUGCUAAAACCUAGACCUAGAAUGGCAAGUAUUAUGUGUAGAUGAAUGCUAGAACCUAGACCCCCAAUGUUAAGUAGUAUGUGUACAUGAAUGCUAGAUCCUAGGCCUAGAGCGAUAAGUAUUUUGUUUAUCUGAAUGAUGAAACAUAGAACUGGAAUAGCAAUUAUUAUGCGUACAUGAAUGCUAGAACCUACACCAAGAAUGGUAAGUUUUAUGUGUAUCUGAAUGAUAGAGCCUAGAACUAGAAUAGUAAGUAUUAUGUGUAACUGAAUGCUGGAACCUAGAAUAGUUAGUAUUAUUUGUCCUCUAAUGCUAUUGAAAUAUCCAUGUAAUACUAACCUUAUGAAAUUAUUUAAUUUCAAUUUGGGUCUAAAAUGUCCGAUGGAAAACACAAUCUAACUCAAAUCGGACGCAACACUACAGUCUAUUUGAAACUGGACAUGGAUUUUUAAACUGUAUGCGUAACACCAAAUAAAUUAUUUAAUUUCAAUUUGGGUCUAAAAUGUCCGAUGGAAAACACAAUCUAACUCAAAUCGGACGCAACACUACAGUCUAUUUGAAACUGGACAUGGAUUUUUAAACUGUAUGCGUAACACCAAAUGCUAAAUAGAUAUUCUUCAUGUACACAAUGUAGGCCUACAAUGAAUUUGUUUAUUAGUUUAAUCAUUUGGCGUGUUAUGAUACACUUGUCCUAAAUCCUAGAAUACUUUCUAUAGAAUACAUGACGAUUCUAAUCAUAGUUAGAAAAAAAAACAUGAAAUAUAAUACACAUUAAUUAAACAUUCUAUUGAAUGCCUUAAAUUCAAACUCUGCCUGUCACAAUGUGAAAUUUUUUAUGAUUUAGCGUUUAAUUCUGGCACACAUCCAUACAAUCAAAUACAACGUUUAAUUUUGGCACACAUCCAUACAAUCAAAUACAAAUCAUGGGUGAAUCCUCACUUUCUCACACGUGAGCAACGUCAGUGGUUCUAAUUCCUUGUCACGUAUGUUUCUUCUUCCAGACUGCAAUCUCCUUUGCGUCAAUGGACCUUAAAUCCCCAGAGUUUGAAGGCGGGCUCAAAAGGUUCCCAUUUAACUCAAGUACAACAGCCGAGGAACUUGUGCAGUUUUCAACUGGCGAACAAUUGUGAGACAUUAAGAAGAAGUUCACCUAUUUUUAUUUUAAAAUGUCAAACUCUAGUACCAUAAAAGGUUCCCAUUUAACUCAAGUACAACAGCCGAGGAACUUGUGCAGUUUUCAACUGGCGAACAAUUGUGAGACAUUAAGAAGAAGUUCACCUAUUUUUAUUUUAAAAUGUCAAACUCUAGUACCAGGUCUAAAUUUUAAUUUUAUACUUUUAUAACACAUUUUAGAGCUUGGGUCCUCAAAUUGGAUGUUGAUAAAUGUUACGGUAUGGGGUUGAUUAUAAGCUUCUGCCAAAUGAAUACCCUGGGGCACGCGAUAACCGGAGUGAAUUCAGUUUAUGUAUGGCACUGGGGCCCAUAGUGCCUCCCACAAAGCUUAAAAAUGUCCUUCCCAGUUCAAAAAGUAGAAUAGAACCAUUGUAUAAUAAAAAAAUACACCUCUUGAUAUUGAAAUAAAAAACCUCCACCGAUCAUGAUACUUCGGCGCCCUCAACUUCCGCUCUACUUCCCGAUGAAAAUGAUCACCGAUUUCGGUAUCGAUAAUUACACUGCCUAGUGACGUAGCUACUAAUAAUGUCACCAUAGGCGGCCAAACAUUUUUGCAGCCCUCCCUUUCACGAUACAAACUCUGCCAGUAGUUCAAAAAUGCCACACGUUAAAUCAGAAAAAAUGACAUCCCAUCCGUCUUAUUUCGACGCUACUAGCAGGGGCGCAUCUAGAGUGUUUGGCGUCAGGGGACAAAAUACAUUUUUACGCCCCUCCCCCCUCAACUCUGAAACCCAUUAUUUUCAUUCAUUAAAUACCAUCAAAGCUCCUUAACCCGCCCCUCCCCGCUUGUCUGACGUUCCGGAACAUAUAUCCCAUCUGCCACCUCUUAGCUACGCCUCUGGCAGCUUACACUGCCCCCCCCACCCAAGAAUCAGAAAUCCACCCCCCUCCCCCUGGAAAAAUUUCUGAAGAAAUACUGCACAGGUCCCCAGAUUUUUUGCAUUAAUUGUACACUUAAUGAGCAGGAUAUAUUCAUGACAAGCAUAUUGUACAUACAAUUUGCUAGAACAACUAUGAACUCUAUCCGAGUUCUUGGUGCAAGGUAAGAUACUCAAACGUUAAGUCUGGGUGCCCGCUUUUUUGUGUUGAACUUAGAUAUGAUAGAAACCAAUGCGAGCCUACUCUGUUCAAUUUUCAGUUUUCCAUUUGGUAUAAUCCCUUGUUGUGAAGGAGUCACCCCUGUGAGGGUGUCUAUUUAUUUUGGCUUACUUCAAAUUCAGGACAGUGGUUCUCAACCUGUGGGUCACGACUUCUUUGGGGGUCGCACUACCCUUUCCCAGGGGUCGCCUAAGACCAUCGGAAAACACACACCAAAGAUAAUCGAAAAAAAUAAUUGUGUGGCUGGGGGGUCGCCACAACAUGAGGAAAUGUAUUAAAGUGUCGCGUAAGAAAGGUUGGAACCACUGGUUUAGGAUUACCUCUUUAUUUAGGAUUUUUGUUAGUUUUUGCCACACUUAAAUGUGUAUUACGUCUUAGAGUAAGCUCUUUAUUAAGUUCGGAACUGAUAGGUUUUAGAUCGAUAUGGUAUUGAUUUCUUGCUCACAGACCAAUGGAAAGGCUCAUGGAAAAGCUGAAGUGUCAUAUCCUGGGAAAGGACUCAAAAACAUCUCAUUUCUUGUUUGAAAAUGGAGGAAAUUUAGGUAUGAGCUUACAUACACUGAUUUUCAUACUAUACAAUUGGGUUAUUCCCUAUAGGCAUCGUUGUUAACAUUUUAUUUAUUUAAUAAGUUAAAGUGGCACUUUUAGCUUCAAACUUUAAUUAGUAUAUUUUUCAUUUAUUUUUUCUAUCUUCUUUGUUCAUUAUUUUUCAAUCAUCUUUGUCAAUUUGCUUUGUUUAAUGUAUUUCAUUUUUUUUCCAAAUUUAAUAUUGUAUUGUCACUAGGGUUGCGAGGCAAAGAAAUUAUAUGAGUUAAUUGCUUGCUUUCACUUCUACUAACUAUUCUUACACUUUGUUUCUACUAACUAUUCUUACACUUUGUUUCUAGUAACCAUUUUUACACUUUGUUUCUACAAACUAUUGUUACACUUUGUUUCUACUAACUAUUCUUAAACUUUGUUUCUACUAACUAUUCUUACACUUUUUUUCUACUAACUAUUCUUACACUGUGUUUCUACUAACUAUUCUUACUCUUUGGUAUGAGCUAUGAGUGUUUAUUUGUUGUUGUUUUCUUUAAUAAAUCGUCUCAUUCAUAACAAAAGAAGUAGCAAAUUAAAGUAUUAAAUUCACAUUUUGUUUGAACAGACCAAUAAAAUUGAACUUCCCAGUAACGUUGGGAAAAUAAACCAUUGGUUUUAUUCUGUUACAUCAUAUGUCUGAUGGACAUGAUCCGUGACACGAAAAAACAAAGUUAUUGAUUUUCUGUGUAGUGUCUACUUUAUAUGUCUCAUGUACUUAAGCUAUGACAUGACAUACACAUUUAUUAAAUGCAUGUGUGUUGUCUACUUUACAAAGGCAUACGAUUUGGUAAGUCUGAGAGGUCUGUGCAGAAUCCUUUAUAUAAUAGAUUUUCCCGCAUGACUGCUCCCAAUCACAAAUUCGUUUCACGAAAACAUGCAUAGCACAGUGAUCUUUUUACAAAGGCAUACGAUUUGGUAAGUCUGAGAGGUCUGUGCAGAAUCCUUUAUAUAAUAGAUUUUCCCGCAUGACUGCUCCCAAUCACAAAUUCGUUUCACGAAAACAUGCAUAGCACAGUGAUCUUCAAUGGUGCGGUCUCAUUCCCAGUCAGCAGCGGAGUAAAACAAGGUUGUGUACUGGCACCAACGCUCUUCUCCAUUUUCUUCUCGAUGCUUCUUGAAUUUGCCUUCAGGGACUGGGAAGAUGGAGUGUACAUCCAUACCAGAUCUGAUGGUAGGCUGUUCAAUAUCACCCACUUUCGUGCAAAGAUCAAAGUAAAAAAUGUGCUAAUUUGCGAACUGCUGUUUGCUGACGAUGCCGCCCUAACAUUUCACACAGAAUAAGGUCUUCAGCGGCUAGUUAGUUGCACAUCACACGCAUGUAAAAAGUUUGGACUGUCAGUUGGUCUAUCGAAAACACAUGUCCUGAUUCAAAAAGUGCCAUCCCUCCAAUCAUACCUAUUGAGAGUUAUAAUCUGUCGGUUGUUGAGCAUUUCACACACUUUGGAUCAAGUAUUUCUAGAUCUCUCUCCAUUGACAAAGUUGUAAACAUCAGGAUCACAAAGCUACUAUGGCUAAAGUGAGUAGGAGGGUUUGUAAUAAUCUCACUUUUGUUGAGCAUUUCACACACUUUGGAUCAAGUAUUUCUAGAUCUCUCUCCAUUGACAAAGUUGUAAACAUCAGGAUCACAAAGCUACUAUGGCUAAAGUGAGUAGGAGGGUUUGUAAUAAUCUCACUUUAACUGAUAGUACAAAACUAAGCGUCUAUAAGGCAUGUGUGCGCUCCUAAGUACGCUCCUUUAUGGCAAUGAAGUGUGGACCACAUAUGCUGGUCUUGAGCGGAAACUCAAUAGCUUUCACCAAAGAUGUCUUCGUCACAUUUACGCAUUCCAUGGCAGGACAAGACGACCAACACAGAGGUCUUGGAACCUGGUAAAAUGUAUAGCAUAUUCUCCGCUAUUAGCAGGAGACGCCUUCGCUGGUUAGGCCAUGUAUGGAGAAUGGAGGAAGGCCGUAUUCCAAAGAUGCUGCAGUGUGGAGAGUUAGAAGAAGGGACAAGACUUGCAAAAUUAUUGAUUGCAUGUGGGCUUUCUACUCUAUAUGUCUGAUCUAAUUAAUCCACGACCUGACAGACACACAUUAUUGAUUGCAUGUGGGCUGUCUACUCUAUAUGUCUGAUCUAAUAAUCCACGACGUGACAGACACACAUUAUUGAUUGCAUGUGAGUUAUCUACUCUAUAUUUCUUAUCUAAUUAAUCCACGACCUGACAGACACACAUUAUUGAUUGCAUGUGGGUUGUAUACUCUAUAUGUCUGAUCUAAUUAAUCCACAGCGUGACAGACACACAUUAAUCUGGCAUGUGGGUAGUCUACUCUAUAUUUCUUAUCUAAUUAAUCCACGACCUGACAGACACACAUUAUUGAUUGCAUGUGGGUUGUAUACUCUAUAUGUCUGAUCUAAUUAAUCCACGACCUGACAGACACACAUUAUUUAACGCAUGUGUAUGGACUUCUGGGAUUGGUUUCAUUGUCAUUGGUAUAGCUGUAGAAAUAACCAAGUCAUGUCCAUGUUUCGGACCAAUAGAAAACAUUUGCAAGUCAAAUUAUCUCUUUAGUUUUUAACAUAAUAUUUUUGCACUUAUUUAGGCUCCUUAGAGGAGAGGGUCCUUGAUCCAAAGACAAAGAUCAUUUCUUUGUAUCGCGAGAAUUCGAGCGCAACAUAUGUCAUCAAAACCUGGAACGGCUACAAUGUGGAAAUGUCGGUGAAGGUCAUUGGAAAUAUUGCAAGGCAGAGACCACAGUAUGGUGAAGGGAGGGAUCUUCUCUUAAAAGAGGAAAAAGAGGAAGAUUAUUAGCUUUGGGAUAUAUUAUCAAAUAUUGCUGUCAUAUUAUCAUAUUUUGUUGGUGGGGGUGUUAUUAUUAAAAAUAUGUAUUAUAUUAUUAAAUAUUAGUGGGAUUUAAUCUUAUUAUAUCUUAGUGGGGUAUUAUGAGAUUUAGUUUACAAGUAUUCAAAAUAGGUCAGACUUAACACAUAUUAGUAGCAAAUAAUCAAAUAUGGGUGGGAUUCAAUUAUAUUUAGUGGAAUAUUAUAUGCCUUGAGCCAUUGCCAAAUAUUAUUAACAUAUAAUCAUACUUUAGUAGGGUAUUAUAUUUAAUGGGAUUUUAUCAGAUUUAUUCAAAUAUUAUUCACUGCGGGAUGUUAUUAAGUAAUGGAGGGAUAAUAUUAAGCUAGGAAAGAUAUUAUCAGUCAGAUUUGAUCAAAUAAUCGCACAAAUCAAAUAUUUUAGGGAUAUUUUAAUAACAGUGAGAUAUUUUCAAAUAUUAGGCCAAGUGGGAUAUAAUAUUGACAUAAUAUCGUUUUAUUUUUUAAAAUAAAUAUUUAGAUUUGAAUCGUUUUGUUAAAAUUGCUUAUUCUUGCUAUUUUAAACUACUUUUAAAAGGAUUUCAAAUAUUUUGAAGAUUUAUAAUUUCUAUAGUAG